UCACUGUAAUGGCUACCAGUAUAGUGGAUGACACUAGCGUGUCUGGAGUCCUGCUGCUGCUGCUCUGUCUCCUGCUCAUCACGGCCUGGUGCCUCACUAACGCCUCACACAUACCAGGUCCUUUCUUCUGGGCUGGUCUGGGUCCAAUCCUGUACUAACCUGUGUCUCUACUGUACGUGCCUCUAUGGCAGGUCCUUUCUUCUGGGCUAGUCUGGGUCCAAUCCUGUACUAACCUGUGUCUCUACUGUACGUGCCUCUAUGGCAGGUCCUUUCUUCUGGGCUGGUCUGGGUCCAAUCCUGUACUAACCUGUGUCUCUACUGUACGUGCCUCUAUGGCAGGUACUUUCUUCUGGGCUGGUCUGGGUCCAAUCCUGUACUAACCUGCGUCUCUACUGUACGUGCCUCUAUGGCAGGUCCUUUCUUCUGGGCUGGUCUGGGUCCAAUCCUGUACUAACCUGUGUCUCUACUGUACGUGCCUCUAUGGCAGGUCCUUUCUUCUGGGCUGGUCUGGGUCCAAUCCUGUACUAACCUGUGUCUCUACUGUACGUGCCUCUAUGGCAGGUCCUUUCUUCUGGGCUGGUCUGGGUCCAAUCCUGUACUAACCUGCGUCUCUACUGUACGUGCCUCUAUGGCAGGUCCUUUCUUCUGGGCUGGUCUGGGUCCAAUCCUGUACUAACCUGCGUCUCUACUGUACGUGCCUCUAUGGCAGGUCCUUUCUUCUGGGCUAGUCUGGGUCCAAUCCUGUACUAACCUGCGUCUCUACUGUACGUGCCUCUAUGGCAGGUCCUUUCUUCUGGGCUGGUCUGGGUCCAAUCCUGUACUAACCUGUGUCUCUACUGUACGUGCCUCUAUGGCAGGUCCUUUCUUCUGGGCUGGUCUGGGUCCAAUCCUGUACUAACCUGUGUCUCUACUGUACGUGCCUCUAUGGCAGGUCCUUUCUUCUGGGCUGGUCUGGGUCCAAUCCUGUCCUAACCUGCGUCUCUACUGUACGUGCCUCUAUGGCAGGUCCUUUCUUCUGGGCUGGUCUGGGUCCAAUCCUGUACUAACCUGUGUCUCUACUGUACGUGCCUCUAUGGCAGGUCCUUUCUUCUGGGCUGGUCUGGGUCCAAUCCUGUCCUAACCUGCGUCUCUACUGUACGUGCCUCUAUGGCAGGUCCUUUCUUCUGGGCUGGUCUGGGUCCAAUCCUGUACUAACCUGCGUCUCUACUGUACGUGCCUCUAUGGCAGGUCCUUUCUUCUGGGCUGGUCUGGGUCCAAUCCUGUACUAACCUGCGUCUCUACUGUACGUGCCUCUAUGGCAGGUCCUUUCUUCUGGGCUGGUCUGGGUCCAAUCCUGUCCUACUCUCGGUUCAUCUGGAGCGGGAUAGGAACAGCCUGUAACUACUACAACAAGAGAUAUGGGAGUAUGGUUCGGGUCUGGAUCAACGGAGAAGAGACUCUCAUUCUUAGCAAGUCCUCUGCUGUCUACCAUGUCCUGAAGAGUGCCCACUACACAGCCCGGUUCGCCAGUAAACGAGGACUGCAGUGUAUCGGGAUGGACGGGAGAGGUAUCAUCUUCAACAGUGACAUUCCACUCUGGAAAAAAAUGAGGACAUAUUUUGCAAAAGCUCUGACAGGGCCUGGUCUGCAGCGGACAGUAGGGAUCUGUGUGAGUGCAACAGACAGGCACCUGGAGCGUCUGCAGGAGAUGACUGACCCCUCUGGACACGUAGAUGUUCUCAACCUGCUGAGAUGCAUCGUAGUGGACAUUUCUAACAAACUGUUCCUCAGGGUGCCUCUCAACGAGAAAGAGCUGCUAUUGAAGAUUCAACACUACUUUGACACCUGGCAAACGGUUCUGAUCAAGCCUGAUAUCUUCUUCAAAUGUGGAUGGAUGUACAAGAGGCAUCAACAAGCAGCCAAGGAGCUACAGGAUGUGAUGGAAAGCCUUAUCGAAACCAAAAGAAGAAUGAUCAGUGAAGCUGAAAAACUGGAUGAUGAUAUUGACUUCACCUCAGAACUCAUCUUCGCCCAGAACCAUGGAGAGCUGUCGGCGGACGACGUGAGACAGUGUGUGUUGGAGAUGGUGAUAGCAGCCCCAGACACUCUGUCCAUCAGUCUGUUCUUCAUGCUCAUGCUGCUGAAGCAGAACCCUGAGGUGGAGAUGAGGAUUGUAGAGGAGAUCAGCACUCUCAUAGGAGAGAAGGAUGUAAUGACAGUUGACUUCCAGAACUUCAGAGUGCUGGAGAGUUUUAUCAAUGAGUCCAUGAGGUUCCAUCCUGUGGUAGACUUCACCAUGAGGAAGGCGCUGGAAGAUGACGUCAUCGAUGGGACCAAGGUUUCCAAGGGAACCAACAUCAUCCUCAACAUAGGGCUCAUGCACAAAACGGAGUUCUUUCCCAAACCCAACGAAUUCAGCUUGGAAAACUUUGAUAAAACUGUGCCCAGUCGUUUCUUCCAGCCGUUCGGCUGUGGCCCCCGCUCCUGUGUGGGUAAACACAUUGCCAUGAUGAUGAUGAAGGCUGUCCUGGUGACGCUGUUGUCGCGGUACACGGUGUGUCCUCGUCAUGGCAACACACUGAGCAGCAUCAGGCAGACAAACAACCUGUCACAGCAACCCGUGGAGGAUGAACACAGUCUGGCAAUGAGGUUCAUACCUAGACAGAUGACCAUAACUUAACCACAACCACUACUGACCACCACCACUACUGACCACCACCACUACUCACCACAGCCACUAUUGACCACAACCACUAUUGACCACAACCACUACUGACCACAACCACCACUACCACCACUACUGACCACAGCCACUACUGACCACAACCACUACUGACCACUACAACCAAUAUAACCUGUCCUGAUCCAAAAACCUGUCACAGCAACCUGUUGAGAAUGAACAUGAACACAGCCUGACCAUGAGGGUCAUACCCAGAAUGACACAAGUAGCCUCCACUGACCACAACCAGCCACCACUGACCACAACCAGCCACCACUGACCACAACCAGCCACCACCGACCACAACCAGCCACCACCGACCACAACCGGUCACCACUAGCCACAACCAGCCACCAGACACCACUGACCACAACCAGCCACCAGACACCACUGACCACAACCAGCCUCCACUGACCACAACCAGCCACCACUGACCACAACCAGCCACCACUGACCACAACCAGCCACCACUGACCACAACCAGCCUCCACUGACCACAACCAGCCUCCACUGACCACAACCGGUCACCACUAACCACAACCAGCCACCAGCCUCCACUGACCACAACCAGCCUCCACUGACCACAACCAGCCUCCACUAACCACAACCAGCCUCCACUGACCACAACCAGCCACCACUGACCACAACCAGCCACCACUGACCACAACCAGUCACCAGCCUCCACUGACCACAACCAGCCUCCACUGACCACAACCAGCCACCACUGACCACAACCAGUCACCAGCCUCCACUGACCACAACCAGCCUCCACUGACCACAACCAGCCUCCACUGACCACAACCAGCCUCCACUGACCACAACCAACCACCACUGACCACAACCAGUCACCACUGACCUAGAACCAGCCUCCACUGACCACAACCAGCCUCCACUGACCACAACCAGCCACCACUGACCACAACCAGUCACCACUGACCACAACCAGUCACCAGCCACCACUGACCACAACCAGCCACCAGCCUCCACUGACCACAACCAGCCUCCACUGACCACAACCAGCCUCCACUGACCACAACCAGCCUCCACUGACCACAACCAGCCCCCACUGACCACAAGCGGCCUCCACUGACCACAACCGGCCUUCACUGAUCAUAACCAGCCACCACUGACCACAACCGGCCUCCGUUGGCCACAACCAGCCUCCACUGACCACAAACAGCCACCACUGACCACAACCAGCCACCACUGACCACAGCCGGCCUCCACUGACCACAAGCGGCCUCCACUGACCACAACCGGCCUUCACUGAUCAUAACCAGCCACCACUGACCACAACCAGCCUCCGUUGGCCACAACCAGCCUCCACUGACCGCAACCAGCCACCACUGACCAUAUCCACUGACCUGGUCGGUGGAGGAGAAUGACCACAACCAACACUGACUUUUACCUCUGACCAUAACCAGGACUGACCACAACCAUCAAUAAUCUGACCACAACCAACACUGACCAAACUGACCUCACCACAACCAACGCCAACCACACUGACCUGACAGGUGGAGGAUGAACACAGCCUGACCAUGCCCAGAAUGAUCACACAUUUUACUGGCCACUUGAUCACAACAGCUGAGACACACCUAGCACUGACCAUAUAAAUGUAAAUACAUGAGUUACCAAGACUGUACAAACAGAUAUGGGACCAGGUACUACUACUGCUGGGCUAUAGUCAAUACUUUUUCUGUUUAAAGGCUACUACCCACAACUAUAAUACAGUAUUGCUACACUAGACUACAUUUU